AUGGCAGGAUCGUACGCCAGGAAGGCAUCCACCCCGUCCAAGGGGCCUGCGCCCGCGAAAUCAUCUUCUGUGAAAGGCAACCGGAGCAUAUUGAAUUUCUUUCAAAAGACAGACACGCCACCUGGGGCCACGUCCCGCCAGUCUCGAAUCACGCAGUUUGUUGGAUCAGCAGGUUCCCCGAAUAGCGGCCGAGGCACUCCCGCAUCGCAGCGAGGAAGUAGUUCCAGAAGCGAUACGAACGGGGCACUGUUCCUGGAGGACAAGAAAGGGCUGGCCAAGACUGGGCAGACUGCGGUGACGAUCGACUUGACCGAGAAGACCCGAUCACGGACGCCGGAAGAUAUCUGGGGCGAUGGUGACGAUUUUAUGGGACCGGAUGACUCCCGGUAUAAUGAGAAUGAUCUCUCCACCAAGCGUCGGAAAUUGGAUUCACCGAAUGCUUCAGAGGAGAAUGAAGAACGAGACGAUGCGUUGGAGCCAGCACAACCCGCGCCUGUCAAACAAUCGAAUAGUGGACCCUUUAUCGAUGAAUCAGACAGCGAGGACGACAUGGAAGCAUAUCGAGAGCUGAAAGAAGCAUCGCCUACCCCAGACAAGAUACAUGAAAAAACGCCCUCAUCUGUUGACGAUCCAACCAAAGACCCUCUUGCCGAGCCUAUACAGUCACCACUGGUAAGAGACGCCGCGAAUGAUACCAACGAUGAAUUCGCGAAUUUUGACGAUCUUGAAGAGGACGAGCUUGUAGGAGAAGAGUUUCGAGAAGAAACAUGGGAUGACGAAGAACACGAAGAAGAACGGCAUGACCUUGGGAUGAAUACGCCUAACGACCUGAAUCAAUCCAUUCGUGUCGAUUUCGAGGACGAGGGAUUGAGCGCUUGUCCGGUAUGCCAGAGAGCACUGGCAAGAUUCAAUGAAAUGGAGAUUUCGGCACAUGUGAACGACUGCUUAGACGGCAAGACUUCUACUCCUCCACCAACUACUACGACUGCCCCGACACCGAUACCUCUACCGCCGGAUUCACAGAAAGAGAGCUCAGAUAUAGGGCUGACACGCAUUGAGCGGGCUGCCAUCGCUCGGCCUGCACAGCGCGAUCCAUACUCACGGAAUGCUUCCGACGCACGAUCCGCAUUCUCUAAGAUGAUGGCAGGAAAUGCCGAAGACACAGCCUGGGCGACAGCGGCCGCCAAUGAGGUUUCAUCUCGUGGGAAGCAGGCCUACCAACGAACUUGUCCAUUCUACAAGAUCAUGCCCGGUUUUUCAAUCUGCGUGGAUGCUUUUCGCUACGGGGCGGUUGAAGGGUGUAAUGCCUAUUUCCUCAGCCACUUCCACAGCGAUCACUAUAUCGGACUGACCAAGUCCUGGUGUCACGGACCCAUAUAUUGCAGUCGCGCGACAGGCAACUUGGUCCGACAGCAGCUCCGCGUUGACCCCAAAUGGAUUGUGGAUCUUGAUUUCGAGACCACCUCGGAGGUGCCUGACACCGGAGGUGUGCAGGUCACCAUGAUUCCGGCGAACCAUUGUCCUGGGAGCUCGUUGUUUCUCUUUGAGAAGAGUUUCGGUAGUGGCCCCAGCGUUCGACGGCAACGCAUUCUCCACUGUGGCGAUUUCCGAGCUUCCCCAGCUCAUGUGCAACAUCCACUGCUACGACCCGACCCGAUCAAUCCAGUCACCGGCCAGCCGCGGCAACAACGGAUUGAUACGUGCUACCUGGACACCACCUAUCUUAACCCGAAGUAUGCGUUUCCUUGCCAGGACGAUGUGAUCACGGCGUGUUCGGAGCUCUGCGUGCGACUCAACCAAGAAGUCGGCGUGGGAAGCGAACUCGGGAACACGGGCACGGCUGGUCUCAUGAACAGAUUCCUAUCGUCCGUGACCCAAAGCGAUUCCGUCUCAGCGCGGUCAGCCCAGGCUGGUGGUCGAUUGUUAGUGGUCAUUGGCACGUAUAGCAUCGGCAAAGAGCGAAUCUGCUUGGGCAUCGCGCGGGCGCUUGGGUCUAAAAUUUUCGCCACGCCCCAGAAACAGCGGGUGUGUGCCUGUUUAGAAGACCCCGAGCUAUCCGCACUGUUGACGAGCGACCCCCGAGAGGCGCAGGUCCAUAUGCAGACGCUGUUUGAGAUCCGGGCAGACACCUUGGCCGACUACUUGGACUCGCUGAAACCACACUUCUCCCGAGUGGUCGGCUUCCGCCCGACUGGCUGGUCGUACCGGCCACCUGCCGGACGCAUGCUCGACAACCCCGCGGUACCCACGGUGCUGCGUGGUGAACACUGGAGGUCGUCUUUUACUGCCCAGCACCUGGUCCCACAGCGCGGGAGCACGCGGGAGAGUGCCUGUUUUGGGGUGCCUUACAGUGAGCAUAGCUCAUUUCGCGAGCUGACGAUGUUCUGCUGUGCACUGCGGAUCGGCCGGGUGAUACCCACGGUGAAUGUCGGCAGUCAGAAGAGUCGGGAUCAGAUGAAGAUAUGGAUCGAGCGGUGGGAAGGCGAGAAGAAGCGGAAUGGGCUAUUUUCGGCGGCGGAGUGGUAG